CGCUCGGUCUGCGUGCUGUGCGAGCCAAUCACAUUGUAGAAAAACACAAUAUUGCGUCAUUGUUAUUGUGGUGGUUUGGAGCUCCAGCUGUUGACAGAGAUUGCGCCACCACGCUUUCAUUUAGGCCUCUAACGCUGCGUUAACGGGUGGACCCGCAAGAUUACACUAUAGCACCAUGUCGAUCCUAAAGGACAUUUCGUCGGAUGAUAGUUUGCAAGGUUCCUGGGUUGAGCUGCAUUUCAGUGGCAAUGGCUCUCAGAGCACUAGUCAUCACGGAAGCCAGGAGCAAAUCCCCACGUCGGUCCUGGAGGAUGACGUGGAGAAAAUGCUGCUGGAUGCGCAGCACGAGUCGGGCAGAAACAGCUCCAAAGGAAGCUCUCAGUGCAACAGCCCACUUAGAGCCCUGACCCCCCUUCUUCUGUUGCGAGGCUCAGAGGCCAACAGCUCACAGUCAGAUGAAGACUUCCAAGAAAGAAGACGGGAAGUAGAGAACAUGAUGAAGAAAAAUGCUGACUGGAUCUGGGACUGGUCUAGUCGCCCUGAGAACAAUCCACCAAAGGAGUUCCUGCUGAAGCACCCUAAGCGCUCGACCUCUCUCAGCAUUAGGAACACCAGCGUCAUGAAGAAGGGAGGCGUUCUCUCUGCUGACUUUCUGAAGCUUUUCCUUCCUUCAUUAAUCAUUUCUCACAUAAUUGCCAUUGGCCUUGGGAUAUAUAUUGGGAAGCGUCUAACCUCCCACAACACCUACUGAGUAGGAUGGUGGACACCUUGAUGUGACCACCUAAGCAUGCCUUAAAAUGGGACCUUCUGAUGACUGAGGGGAGACGUGGCCAUGUGAAACGGUCCAAUUUGAUUGAGUUAAGGAUCUGUCAUUGCUGUUUCGUGGUGUUUACUCCUGAACACAACAGUGACCAAUCCUGCUGGCCUGGAGAUGACUGUUCUGCUGCUUUCUGCUCCUUAAAUCUGCACGUUGGGGAACUGUAAUGUACGCCAUUGCCUUUUUUCGUUUUGCAGUGAGAGAUCACUUUUGAUUUAAAAUGAUUUAUACAUUUUUCUUCUUAAUCAGCUUUGAAGAAAGGAAAGUGUUUUGACUUGUAACUUACAUUUAUUUGUCCUCAUUAGAUUGCUAAAUUGUUGUGCAGUUGUAAAUUGUGAUAAGAAAGCAUUAUUAAGCACAUAUAUGGUCCAUGUUGUUCAUCCUACACACAAUAAAAGCUGGAAAUGCA